AUGGAAAUGGAGAGUGACAGUAGUAAGAAGCAUUUCGUGUUGGUUCAUACAGCCUGCCACGGCGCAUGGGUUUGGUACAAGCUGAAACCGCUGCUUGAAGCUGGCGGCGGCCACAAGGUGAGUGCCAUCGAUCUGGCAGCAAGUGGAGUCGACCAGCGUACUAUCGAAGAAAUCGGGUCGGUAGAAGAGUACUUGGAGCCCUUGCUGAAGCUGCUGGAAUCUCUUCCCGAAGGCGAGAAGGUGAUUCUGGUCGGGGAGAGCUGCGGCGGGAUUAAUAUCACCAUCGCCGCCGACAAGUUCCCGCAAAGGAUUGCGGCCGCCGUCUACGUUAAUGCACUCAUGCCUGAUACCCAGCACAAGCCGUCUUAUGUUCUGGAUACGUGGGUGGAGAAGUUCUUUUCUGAUUGGAAAGACUGCGAGUUCUCUUCAUACAAAAUCGGAAAUGAGACAAUAGCAUCAGUCAAGAUUGGGCACGAGCUUAUGAAGCAGAGCAUCUACCAAAACUCCCCUCUUGAGGAUUAUGAACUGGCGAGGAUGUUGACAAGGAAAGGGUCAUUCUUUCAAGAUGAUUUGGCCAAAAGGAACAACUUCACAGAGCAAGGAUAUGGUUCAGUGAAGAGAAUCUACAUCUAUGGUGAAGAAGACUUGAUCCUAACCAAAGAGUUUCAGUUGUGGCAGAUCGAGAACUUUAAGCCAGACAAGGUCUACGCCAUUGCUGGAGGAGACCAUAAACUCAUGUUCUGCAAAACAAAAGAGUUGCUCAACUGUCUCCUCCAAAUUGCAGCAACUUAUUAA